AUGAGCGACGAACUCGGAGAGCAGAGCCCAUUGUUACAGUCAGGCGAUGGAGUGACUCCAAAAAGGUCUGCUAGUCGCGACGAGGAUGCGACCAGUCUGCUGGAUUGGUAUCUAUCGAAGAACGAACAGAGGUUGGACGAGACGAACGUUGGAGAGAGGCUGCCGUACAGCGACUACUCCUCCAUUGACUUUUUACAUGAUCUUGUGAAGGACUCUGCUCGCCUGCGCUUCCUCCGUCGCCGCCCGGGUCUGCGAUUCAAACUAAUCAGCCUUCUCGACCAAGCAUCAGGCUGGAUUGCAGCUGCGAUCAUUGGCACGCUCACAGCCUGUGUGGCUUUUUUGGUGGACGUGGCCCAGGCAUCUGUCUCUGACUGGAAGUUCGGCUACUGCUCCAGCAAUCCCCUGCUGAGCAGGCAAUCUUGCUGUGCAGGCAAGACGCCGCUGCUGAAGAUCAACGACCUGACAUCCGAGCUCGACAAUCUGUGCGAAAGCUACGUUUUGUGGUCGGAAGCAUACACACCUGCAUUUGCCAUCUAUGUCUCCUUUGCCUUGCUAUUUGGUCUUUUGGCCUCCGGUGUCACGCUGCUCACCAAACGCUCUCUCCCCACAGCAGCACAAGCGCCUCACAGCGAGGCGUUCUCAGAUGACACCCCAAGGCCCACACCAACAGGCAAAGUCAUGUACAUGGCUGCAGGAUCUGGCAUCCCCGAGAUCAAGACUAUUCUCAGUGGGUUCGUCAUCCCAGGUUUCCUGAACCUCAAAGUCCUUGUGGUGAAAGCUAUCGGUGCGGUCUUCGCGGUCAGCACUGGGAUGUGCCUGGGCAAAGAAGGCCCUUUUGUCCACAUCAGUACCUGCGUAGGGUACAUCGUGGCAGGCAUUUUCCCAAAAUAUCGGCACAACGGCAGGAAGAUGCGCGAAAUGCUCUCUGCAGCAUGUGCAUCAGGACUGAGUGUGGCUUUCGGCGCGCCCAUUGGAGGUGUGCUGUUUAGCUAUGAGGAGAUCAGUACGCAUUUCCCGCGAAAGGUAUUGCUGAGGGCAUUUCUCUGCUCUUUGUGUGCUGCCGUGGUGCUGAAGGCGCUCAAUCCAACGGGAACUGGGAAGCUGGUCCUCUUCGAGACGAAAUACGGGACCCCGUACGAACCGCAGCACUACCUGGUCUUUAUCGUUCUCGGCCUAGCUGGCGGUGUUUUCGGCGGUCUCUUUUGCAAGCUCAACUUGCUCUGGUCCAGAUGGUUUCGCGGCUUCCCGUUCGUAAAAAGGUACCCGGUUCUCGAGACCUGCUUGAUCGUUCUUGCAACAACGCUACUGCAGUUUCCCAAUCCCCUGAUACGAGAGACAGGCGACGAAGUGGUCAAGAAUCUGUUCGUCGACUGCAACGAUGGCGCUGCCAGAACUGCUUGGAUCUGCAAGAUGGAGGCAAAGGAGGGCAAUGCUUACGUCGGCUGGCUGGUGUAUGGGGUGCUGACGAAACUGGUGCUUACUAUCGUCACCUUCGGCGUCAAGGUUCCAUCUGGUGUCAUCAUACCUGCUCUCGACGGCGGUGCCCUCUUCGGUCGUCUGCUUGGGCAGUGGGUCACAAGCAUCUCGCCGGGUAUAUUCGCGCUUGUUGGUGCAGGAGCAUUUCUGGCGGGGGUGUCGCGCAUGACAAUUUCACUUGCCGUCAUCAUGUUCGAGCUAACAGGCGAGGUGGAAUACAUAACACCCUGCAUGGUCGCCAUCCUCAUUGCAAAGUGGACUGCUGAUGCGAUCAGUGCAGAAGGGGUGUACGACGUCGCACAGACGGUUCUUGGACACCCUUUCAUGGACCUGGAGAGCAGCAUGCAAAUCGUGCAAUUGCAAGACGGAUGUGUGGAUGACCUGAUCCCGCCGCAGCAAACAAUGGAUGAGAUCACGGUGGUCGUGCCAGCAAGCGGAGUAUCACGGCAAGUGCUGGAGAAAAAGCGCAGACAGCUCCAAGACCGCGGACUGAUGGAUGCUGGCCUUGUGCUGGUCGAUGAGAAAAAUAUGCUUCAAGGCUACCUGGCACAAGGUGAGCUCGACUUCGGACUUGGCACUCUUGGGCAGUUGUACCCAGAAGAUGCUGAAGUACGGCUGUUUGAUGGAGCCUCAGAGACAGAUCUGGAUUUGUCCGUGCUGGUGGACCGGACACCGUUGACAAUACUCAGUGGUGCGCCGCUUGAGUAUGCUUUGGAGAUGUUUGCGAAACUGGGCCUGAGGUAUUUGAUUAUCAAUGAGGAGGGAUCGGGCAAGGUGCUGGGAGUGGUGAUCAGGAAGAGGCUGGUGGCAUAUCUGGACCAGAUCAAACAUGAGUGA